AUGGUGGUUCUGAGCAGUUUCCAGGCAAUGAAAUACCCAUCAGUGAGGCAAAGGCAUGGCAAUAAGUUGAUGAUGGGAAUCCGAUGUGGAGUGCCGGUCGAGAAGACGCAGUACAACGACGGGGUUUUGGAGAGGUCAUUCAUGGGUCUGUUUGCAAAGAAGAUGGAGAAAUUCGGGAAAAGAGGAGAUGAUGAUGAUGAUAACGAUGAUGAGAAGAAGAAGAAGAAGAAGAAGCAAAAGUGGAUAUUUGAUUACGAUUACGAGUCUUUUGUCGAGGUGUCGAGGGGAGUGAUGAUGGGAAGGUCGCCGGCGCAGCAGCAGCAGCUCGUGCGUCAAGUGCUCCUCUCCAUGCUACCCCCUCAAGCUCCUGCUCAGUUUAGAAAAUUAUUUCCACCCACAAAAUGGGCUGCAGAGUUCAAUGCGGCAUUAACAGUACCUUUCUUUCACUGGUUAGUUGGGCCUUCUCAGGUUAUGGAAGUGGAAAUCAACGGAGUGAGGCAAAAAAGUGGAGUCCUUAUAAAGAAAUGCAGGUAUCUGGAGAGCAGUGGAUGCGUAGGAAUGUGUGUUAAUAUGUGCAAAAUACCGACACAAGAUUUCUUCACCAACGAGUUCGGACUUCCAUUAACGAUGACACCAAAUUUUGAAGACAUGAGCUGCGAGAUGGUGUAUGGCCGGAUUCCUCCAAAGUUUGAGGACGAUCCGGCAUCCAAACACCCUUGCUUACCUCAUUUUUGCUCUGUCGCGCAACCUAAUUCAACCAUCUGUCCUAAACUACAAGCAUGA